AGGUGCAUAUAAGCGCCACGGGCUGCCAGGCAGGUCUGUCCUCACGAGUGGCAAUGGCUCUGCUGUGGGUGUUGAGCUGCCUGGCGCUGGCGGGCUUUGCCCGUGCCGCCCUCCCUGAGAACUGCGGCGUGCCCGCCAUCACACCCGUCAUCCGCGGCUACAACCGCAUUGUCAACGGGGAGGCGGCGGUGGCAGGGUCCUGGCCAUGGCAGGUGUCGCUCCAGCGCUACAACGGCUUCCACUUCUGCGGCGGCUCCCUGAUCAGCGAGAACUGGGUGGUCACCGCUGCCCACUGCGGCGUCAGGAAAACCGACACCGUGGUGGUGGGCGCCUACGACCAGGACGCACCCGGCCCUGAUCAGCAGGAGCUGAAAAUCGAGAAGGUCUUCAAGAACCCCAAGUUCAACAUGCUGACCAUCCACGACGACAUCACCCUGAUCAAACUGGCCACUCCGGCGCAGCUGUCGGACCGCGUGUCCCCCGUCUGCCUGCCCAAGGCCACUGACGAAUUCCCGGGGGGAAUGACCUGCGUCACCACUGGCUGGGGGCUCACUGACUCCAGCGCCUCGCACACGCCGGCGGUGCUGCAGCAGGUGGCUCUGCCCUUGCUCACCAACGCCCAGUGCAAGGAGUUCUGGGGCUUCCGCAUCCGCGACGUGAUGGUCUGUGCCGGCGCCGACGGAGCCUCUUCCUGCAUGGGCGACUCCGGGGGCCCGCUGGUGUGCCAGAAGGACGGCGCCUGGAACCUGGUGGGCAUCGUCUCCUGGGGCAGCAGCACCUGCGACACCAAGACGCCCGGCGUGUACGCCCGCGUCACCAAGCUUCGCGACUGGAUCGACUCCAUCCUGGAGGCCAACUGAGGCCCGCAAUAAACGCUGCCACCCCCUGAG